AGGGCGUUAAUCACACUUGUAGAAGAGACGAAGCUAAAAUGGAGAAGUGUGAAAACACAAUGCAGUGGUACGCGCACUACUCAACUUCCAUAUCUUUACUGCUCGUGUCAUGAAGAAGUUCAUAACUGCUUACAAGUGCAGUACGAGUGAAGGAGGAACAGGCUGAUUAAGGCAGUUAAUGUUCAUUAAAACAGUAAGAUAGGUUUAUUUUGUAUUUAUAAGGAUAUUUUGGUCUAAAUUCUACACGUGGUGGAUCUACAAGUGUCGGCUGUCUGAAGGCGGAUGUCACCGUGUUGCACAGAAUGUGGAGAGAUAUUACAGUAGCAGCGAUCCUCAUGUUACUGACAGGAGUUCAGGCUCAGUGCAGUGUAACUCUCUCCUCUCAGAGUCUCUGUGUUGUUACUGGAUCUACAGUAAAAAUCCCCUGUACAUUUACAUCUGGUCACUCCAGUGUCACACAGAGAGAGUGGUAUCGAGUCCAGAGCUCUGAAGGAGAACCACGAGACCUGAGGAAAGAUCCACAAUACUCAGGACGAGUGUCUGUAAGCACCUGGUGGUCUUCCUGUGAACUGACAGUGAGGAAUGUGAGAGUGAGUGACUCUGGAGUUUAUAACUUCAGAUUUAAAACACGGAGCAGUGACUGGAUAUCAGCCUCAUCUGGAGUUCAUCUGACUGUUACAGACUUGCAGGUGAAGGUGGAUCCUAACACUGUAGGACAGAGAAAAGUGAAAGUGACCUGUAGCUCCACCUGCAGCAUCAGGACAGACUAUUUCAACUGGUACAGGAAUGGCCAUUACAUCUCAUAUACCUAUGACUCCUCCAUUGUCCUCGACUCGACCAGUCCUCAUGAUGAAGGCAGCUACUCCUGUAAAGUGUAUGAGAGUGAACACCGCUCUCCUCCAGUGUGUGUUUUUAGUAAGAAGAGCUGCUGGAGUGUGACGUACUCCACACAGACUAUCUGCUCUCUGAUUGGAUCAUCAGUGGACAUACACAGUUAUUUCACCUUCCCUAAUCGUUACAAGGUCACAAAAGUGUUCUGGUUCAUUAAAGAGCAGACUGGUGUUGAACCUGUGGAUGUGACAGAGGAUGAGGAGUAUCAGGGCCGAGUGCAGUACACACAGAUCUCCCAGAAUAACUGUAGUCUGAGAAUCACUAACGUGAGAGAGAGAGACGCUCAAACAUACAGAUUCAGAUUCUACACUAAUGAUGCUACAGGCAAAUACACCGGCCAACCUGGAGUCUCUCUGUCUGUCACAGAUCUGAAGGUUACAGUAUCAGACUGGAAUAACGGCUACAAGAAGCUGAGCUGCAUCACCACCUGCACUCUGUCUAACAACCCCACUUACAUCUGGUACAAGAACGGACAGAGUGUCACUAACCCGUACAGAAAUUAUCUGUACGUCAGUAGUUGGGAAUCAGGCAGCUACUCCUGUGCUAUAAGAAGACACGAGGAGCUUCGCUCUCCUGCUGUCUGUGUUUUUAGUGAGAAGAGCUGCUGGAGUGUGACGUACUCCACACAGACUAUCUGCUCUCUGAUUGGAUCAUCAGUACACAUUCACAGUUAUUUCACCUUCCCUAAUCGUUACAAGGUCACAAAAUCAGUCUGGUUCAUUAAAGAGCAGACUGGUGUUGAACCUGUGGAUGUGAGAGAUGAUAAGGAGUAUCAGGGCCGAGUGCAGUACACACAGAUCUCCCAGAAUAACUAUAGACUGAGAAUCACUAACCUGAGAGAGAGAGACACUCAAACAUACAGAUUCAGAUUCUACACUAAUGAUGCUACAGGCAAAUACACCGGCCAUCCUGGAGUCUCUCUGUCUGUCACAGAUCUGAAGGUGACAGUAUCAGACUGGAGAGAGCAGUACAUGAAGCUGAGCUGCAUCACCACCUGCACUCUGUCUAACAACCCCACUUACAUCUGGUACAAGAACGGACAGCGUGUGUCUGAGUGUAAAUCUGCCUCCUGCUCUGUAGCUGCAGUCGGUGGUGCGGUCAGUUACAGCUGUGCUGUUGAAGGCCAUGACAGUCUCCUCUCUCCUCCAGUGUAUUCCCCUAAAAACACCAGAGCAGUGGUUCUUUCCUCUGGAGACACAGUGGAGGGGGGUUCAGUGACUCUGAGCUGCAGCAGUGAUGCAAACCCUCCUGUUCUCACCUACUCCUGGUUUAAACAGAGAGCAGCUGCAGACACACUGCUGACAACAGGCCAGAAUUACAGCAUCAGCAACAUCAGCUCCCAGCACAGCGGACUGUACUACUGCACUGCUCACAACCAGCUGGGACAGCACAACUCUACACCCACACUCCUGGAUGUGAAGGGUAACUCUACACAGACACACCUGGAUGUGAAGGGUAACUCUACACCAACACACCUGGAUGUGUUAGGUGACUCUACACAGACACACCUGGAUGUGUUAAGUGACUCUACACAAACACACCUGGGUGUUUUAGGGUCAGAGGGGAACACAGUGAUAAAAGUCAUCAUGGUGGUACUGGCUGUCUUCCUGGCAUUAACACUAAUCUCAGUAGCUUUGUGGAUGUGGAAGAGGAAGUCGAGCUCAGCUAAUGGCCACAGCAGCACUGGUGAGAGUGGACAGCGUCACUCUCCUGCUGUUUAUGAAAAUGUCCCAGCCUCAAACCUUAGUGGGAGAGUCACCUCAGAUUAUCAGGAUUCCGUUCACUAUGCCAGUGUUGUCUUUAAAAACUCCCACACACAGGAAGUGUCUCCGUCACCCAGACUUCCUCCAGACACCACAGAGGAAGAGGAUGUUCAGUAUGCUGCUGUGAACGUUAGCAGGAGCACUGCUGCCAUCCAGCUUGUGACAGAUGAAGCAGGUGAAGAUUCAUCUCAGAUCUACAGCAAAGUCCAGAAACUCCCCAAAAAACAGAAAGCUGAGAUGUGAUUGUUCUGUUCUGUAUCCAGACUGAACAGGAGAAGAGGGGCGGCUUUGGCAUUUUAUCAGAGUAGCAGUAUCGAUGCUUCAGUAGUGUAUUGUAGUGCUCAUAUUGUAUUGUACACUGUUUUACCUGAACAAUUGUGUAUUCAGGUCAGAAUUUUUAAAAGAAAUAUAGAUUAAGGAUGAAUGUUUUUAAACAUCUGUGUUUUUUCCAUUAUAAUCUGUAUUAAUGUUUUUGACUUAUUCUUCUAUUUUUAUAUUUAUUUUAAUGCUAUUCAAUUGAUACUGCUCUUUUUAUUAGUAGUAUUCUAUCUAUGCUUUCUUUAUAUAUUCUGUGGUUUUUUAGCAAUAACUAUAAAACUUUUUUUUAAUGGUAUUACUUAUGGGCCGAUGUAGCAAUAGAUGCUUUCUGCAUCCUUCUGUAACCCGUAGUUCUCUGGUGGAGAGCCAUACCUGGUUCGUAGUUGAAUGUUUCUCCAAGCUGUCUGUCUGCUAAUUUCUUGGUGACUUGGGCUGCACGGUCUAGGUGUUGGUGAGCCUGUUCCCACAUCUACUCACUCUGCUGGAACCAGAAGUCCACAGCGGGUGAGUCCAUGUGGUUGGCGUUCCAUGAGAACAGAGGUGGCUGGUAACUCAAUUCUGGGAAUUCUGCCCAUUGAAGGAAUUGUGCCCAGUUAUUCUGGUUGUCAGCACAGAAAGCUCAUAGGAAGUGUCUUAUCUCCUGGUUAGCCUUGAUUUGGAACUCCACUCCACUUGGAGGUGGUAGCCUGAUGUCAGGCUUACAGAGAUGACCAGUUUUUCCAAGAAAUCCCUUCACACCCGGGUCGUGAAUCUGGGUCCUCCUGGAUGACUGAGCAAAAGUUCUGCCAUUCCAAAGGCUGAUGGCAGUCCGGGGAGAGAAAUCACGAGCAGGGACUUGGAAAACCACUCCACGAUCACCAUGAUGACAGUGUUGUUGUGUGAUGCGGGAAGAUCGGUUAUGAAGUCUAUCGUUAGGUUUGACCAUGGUCUUAGGGGUGUAGGUACUGGGAGGAGCUUGCAGUGUGUGCGUGAUACUUUGGCUUUAAUGCAGACUGAGCAGAAUGAGAUGAAAUGGUGAAGGUCUUGGGGCACAAAUUUCUUUCCCCCUUUUCUAGCAGGGUGGCUAGUAGAGACGCUGUACUCCUAAAGCCACGUAUGAAGUGUCAGAUUUAGUGAAGCCCAUAAAACGUAACUCUUUAACUGUGGUGGGUUCUGACCAAUAGGCCAUAUGAGGAGGGAGGCCACUUGCCUUGAUCACUUGGGCUGUGGUUUCCGUGUUUUCAUUGGAUGUAGAGGCCACAUUGACUGAGGGAGUGAGGAGACGUCAUGAUUUCAUGCUCCUUCCAUGAGAUUUGGUAGUUGUGGGCCUGCAUCCAUGGGAAACCCAGCAUCACUGGGAACUUAGUUGUGAAGGUUAUGGUGAGAGUGACUUUGAGGGUGAAGGGUUCUGUGCAUUGGAUGACUGACCCACCUCCAAUGGGUCCUCCCGAGCACUGCAUAAUCUGUUGCUGAGAAUAACCCAAGUAGAAGUACAGCCUUUCAACGCCUUUGCCAUUCCACAUAGGCAAAUUUAUUCUGGACUAGUAGUAUGGGUUCUGUGGCCUGGAUCUUGGGGACUGGAAUGGCAGUCACCGUCAGUCUGUUCCUGAUUAGGGUGUCGAGACAAAUGGACAUAUUGUUCAAGGAUUCGAGGAUAACCUGAUCCAUUGUGAACAUGCCAGAUCGGUGAGUAUCUCCUCAAUAAGCCAUCAACAAUAGGUGACUUUGAGGGCCGGCUUGUUACAGCCACCACCCUCUGCUAAUGUGUGGAAACAGAGCAUAUUCAGCAGUUCUCUUGUUUAGUGUGAAGAGUCGCUCAGUAUUCUCUUUGUCCUCAGGAGACUGGUCGAAAACUCACUGGAAUAGUGUAGGAAGCUGUCAUAGGAAACAAUUUACUCUUCCCCUUGGUUCCAAAUGGCCGUAACCCAUGCUAACACCUUAUCGUUAGCAUUUUGAUAAACUGGCAGAUUUUGUUGUGGUCCGGAACCCUCUCUUGAACCCUCUAAUGAACCCUCUCAGCGCAGUAAAGUGAGCACUGAAGCAUGAAAUCCUUGCAGCUGGCUGAGUAGCCAGCAUACUUCUCAUGACCAGGGACGAACAAGGAUUCUGGCAGGGAGGCAGCUGGAGUGGUGGCUCACAGCUGUGCUAGCUGUUUGGUGAGCAGGGUAAGGUGAUGAAGAAACAAUUUGAACUAGGGCAGACAAGAGCAAAACGAGAAAACCAGAAAUAAAAUCAAUAAAUCAAAGGCUUGGUGUUGACUGGUACAAAUGACACUGAGUGUAAACUUUGCAGUCAGUGCAUGGAGUGAGAGUCCUUUAAUACUUGAGUUUAGCUGUGAUGGUAACUGAGUGUGUAUAAUCAUUAAUCAGGUGAGUGUGAAGUGAGAGAGUCUGUGGUGGUUGGGUGAUGUAGUCCUUGCCAGCCAGGGAUGAUCAUCCUCAAGUUCCACACUGCAGUCCUGUCAGUGGAUUAUCCAUCUACAGACAAACACACUGAUAGCUAUAGUGCCGACUACACUGUGUAGCAUGAGAAGGUCACAGUAGAUGAUGAACUGUCUUGGUUCUUGAUAGUUUUUGCUAAACUGUUUAUUCUAAACUGAAAUGAUUCCUUCUUUCUGCAAUGUCAACUGGAAUGCAGGUCUUAUACAUAUGAAGUCAGUGACUGUUUCAACAGCAUGAAUGCUUUGUGGUUUUAAAGGCUGUUGUGUCACCUGUAAAGACACUCAUACAGACACAACAAUGUGGGUGUAGUAUGUGUGGAUUUGUGUACACUCUCCAGUUAUAUUUAAUAUAAAUUAUUAUUAGGAUCCUGAUUAAGUGAUCAAGUGUAUUUGAUUUCUAUUGUAACAACCUAAUAAAGAUUAAUAGUAAAUUAAAAAAAUUUUUUUACUACUAGUGCCAUCUGGUGGUCAAAAGGAUGAAGUGCAGAUAGUAGCCUAGUGCUCUCUUAUAACCUUAUUAAUUUACAUUUAACUGAGCUCUACUCCUUUACAUAUUACAGAAUAGGCAAAGCUCUUGUUGGUUUAUCUGAACAAAAUAUAAAUAUAGUUUUAUUUUUCAUUUAAUUAGUAAUCUAUAUCUACUGUAACUGUAGAACAAGAAUGUGGAGUCAGAUACAGUAAGAACAGAAAAUCUGCUUACUCCAAACUCAUUUGAAAAAUGUAAUGGACAUCUAAUGGCAGCUGUUUAACUCUGUCAGUAAAUG